GGUGUGCCUCUAUCCGACCUUGUGACAGGUGCAGUUUGCACUCUGUCCCACUUCUUGCAAGCUGAACGUAAACAUUAGUUCCCCACGCCCUUAUGUUGUUCUUAUUGGAUAAGAUCUAUGUGGGGGAGGAGUUUAUGUUAAUUUGUUUAGUUAAUUUUACCUAAGUGGGGUAUCUCUGGAAUAAUGUCUGUGGCCUUGGUCUUCUGACUUGAUAACACAAACACUUGGUUAAAUGCACAUACAAAAAAAAGAAAAGAAAGACAGAAAAACCUUGUCCCAGGUGGGAUAAAUUAAUUGCAAAUAUCUAUCAGAUACUCACCAGACCUACAAUAGUGUAUAUUGCUGGUAAUUAUUUUGUUGGAAUAUGAUUCACAAAUUCAAAAAAAAAAAAAGUAUAUGUCUGGAGCCAGCUGUUUGGCUUCAGUCGUUGUCGUUUAGGGUAAAACACGUCUUCGCUAACAGAAAAACCAAAAAAACAACAACUCGUUUUUAUUAGUUUUAAGCGUUUGUGGUGCGAAUGAACGCACCAUGGUUCGCACCGGUAGCCUAUUGGUGGCGUUGAAAGAUAGGCGGGACUGAUGUAUUAUCCGCUGUGUGAUUGGCUAAGUGGCGCAUGACGAUACACGGAAGUAUUUGCUCCUUGUGCUGUGUGCAUGAUUGAAUCUUCAACUCCAAAAUAUGGAACAAAAUAAUGUCGGGAGCCUGGCCCAGGUCCAGCAUGUUGUAUUGGUCCUGUCAGGGAAAGGAGGUGUAGGCAAGAGCACCAUCACCACAGAGCUAGCACUGGCUCUUAGGCAUGCUGGCAAGAAGGUAGGCAUUCUAGACGUUGACCUCUGUGGGCCCAGUAUCCCCCGCAUGCUGAAUAUGGGCCGGCCUGCCGUGCACCAGUGUGACUCAGGAUGGGUGCCUGUCUACACCGAUGCCCAGAAGAACCUCGCCCUUAUGUCCAUCGGCUUCCUGCUGGAGGACCCAGAUGAAGCAGUGAUCUGGAGGGGGCCCAAGAAAACCGCUUUGAUUGGCCAGUUUGUGUCAGAUGUAGCAUGGGGAGAGCUGGACGUGCUGCUGGUGGACACGCCGCCAGGGACGUCUGAUGAGCAUUUGGCGGUACUGGAGAACCUUAAAAAACACAAAGUAGAUGGAGCCAUCUUGGUCACCACACCUCAGGCGGUAUCUACUGGGGAUGUGAGGAGAGAGAUUACCUUCUGUAAGAAGACAGGCGUACGGAUCCUUGGCAUCAUUGAGAACAUGAGUGGCUUUGUUUGUCCCCACUGCUCGGAAUGCAGCAAUAUAUUCUCAAAAGGUGGUGGUGAAGAGUUAGCCAAGCUGAGUGGAUCAGUAUUCCUAGGCUCUGUGCCCUUGGAUCCUCUGCUCAGCGCUAGUAUAGAGGAGGGCAAAGACUUCACACAGUCAUUUCCUGACAGCGCCACCUUCAGUGCCAUCAGCAGUAUUUCUCAGACUCUGCUCAGCAGCCUCCAAACAGCUUGAACCAUAAAUUUAUUAGCUCAAUUCUGAAUUGUUCUCACAUUUUAGCACAUAGGCUCUGCAAAAUACAGUAUAAUGCAGAUAUUAGUCGUGUAAAUGUAGAGAUUUGUUGCAUUUGUCCUGUACAAUUAAUUAUAUUAAACACUUUAUCUUGUUUAUACCUCA